AUGAGCCACUACCCCGCCGUGUUGCCCAAGCUGCCCCUCCCCACCAUCGAGGACAGCUGCAGGCGCUACCUCGAGGCGCUUGAGGGUCUGCAGGAUGAGGAGGAGCACACCAAGACCAAGACGAUCGUCAAGGAGUUCCUUGAGAGCGGCGAGGGUCACAAGUGGCAGAAGAAGCUCGAGGAGUACAACGAGGGCGUCGACAGCUACAUCGAGGAGUUCUGGUACGAGAGCUACCUCUCCCACUCGGACUCGGUCGUGCUCUCUCUCAACCCCUUCUUCGUCCUCUCUUCCGACGUCACCCCCCGCAACGACCCCCAGCUCUCGCGCGCCUCCUCCCUCAUCCUCUCCUCGCUCUAUUUCAUCCACGACCUGCGGAAUGGCUACCUUGCCCCCGACGCCAUCCGUGGCAACCAGCUUGACAUGAGCCAGUACGAGAGAUUGUUCGCCACGUGCCGUGCGCCCACCGAGCUCGGCUGCCGCAUGGAGACCUACAACGAGUCGCGCCACAUUGUCGUGCUUCGUCGCGGCCAGUUCUACUGGUUCGACGUGCUCGACAACAAGAACCGUCCGCUGCUGUCUGACCGCGAGAUCCUGACCAACCUGCAGGGUAUCGUGUCGGACGCUGACAAGUUCCCCGUGUCCGAGACCUCGCAGAACGCCGUCGGUAUUCUCACUACUGAAAACCGCAAGAUCUGGUCCAAGCUUCGCAACGAGCUGCGCGAGUCGAACCGCCACAACGCCAAGUGCCUGUCGAUCGUCGAGUCGGCGCUUUUCGUUGUGUGCCUCGACGACAGUGCGCCUGCCGACGUCGGCGAGCUCUGCUCCAACUUCCUUUGCGGUGGCUACCGCCUCGAGCAUGGCGUCCAGGUCGGUACUUGCACGAACCGGUGGUACGACAAGCUGCAGAUCAUUGUGUGCGCGGACGGCGAGGCCGGCGUCAACUUUGAGCACACGGGUGUGGACGGCCACACAGUGCUGCGGUACGCGGCGGACAUCUACACCGAGCUGGUGCUGCUGUUCGCCAAGUCGAUCAACCCGUCCACGCCGUCGCUGUUCAAGGCCAAGCCUUCGCCGUUCGCCAAGGGCUCCAAGACGCCGCGCGACGCCGACGACAUCAUUGACUGGGAGUACGACACGAGCCCCAAGAAGCUCGACUGGCGCCUCACGCGCGACCUCAAGCUCGGCGUGCGCUUCGCCGAGACGCGCAUCUCGGACCUCAUCUGCCAGAACGACUCCAAGGCCCUCGAGUUCCGCGGCUACGGCGCAAACUUCAUCAAGCGCCACGGCUUCUCGCCCGACGCCUUCGUUCAGAUGGCGUUCCAGGCUGCCUAUUACUCGCUCUACGGCCGCGUUGAGAGCACGUACGAGCCUGCAAUGACCAAAAGCUUCUUGCACGGACGCACGGAGGCGAUCCGCACCGUGUCCGUCCCCUCUGUCAACUUCGUCAAGACAUUCUGCUCCGAGACCGCGACGCCGGGCGAGAAGAUCGAGGCCCUCCGUGCCGCAUGCAAGCGCCACACCGACCUCACGCGCGAGGCUUCCGCCGGCAAGGGCCAAGACCGGCACCUGUACGCGAUGUACUCGCUCAUCCAGCGCGAGGUGCGGCACGCCGAGGCGUCAGGACAGACGCCGCCCCCCAUCCCCGCCAUCUUCACCGACCAGGGAUACAGCGACCUGGGGUCGUCGACGCUCUCGACGUCCAACUGCGGCAACCCUGCGCUGCGCCUCUUCGGCUUCGGCCCCGUCACGCCCGAGGGCUACGGCAUCGGCUACAUCAUCAAGGACGAGGGCAUCAGCGUCUGCAUGAGCUCCAAGCACCUGCAGACGCGCCGCCUGCUCAAGACCCUCCAGCACUACUUUAUGGAGGUGCGCUCGCUGCUGAUCCAGCUGUGGCGCGAGGCCAACGAGCGCCCCGAGGCCUUCAUCGACCACUCGGGCGUCAUGCGCGACGCCCGCACGGGCCGCCGCCUCAGCGACCAUGAGAUGGACGGCGUCGACGACGUCGUCGCCGACGAGGAGGAGCUCUUCGGCGGCUUCGGAUACUUCGACGUCGGCACACCCACCAUUCGCGACCAGACUCGCAAGCGCCGCCCUACCAUCGGCAAGAUGAUUCCAGUUCAGGAGUAUUAG